AUGUUUUUACCAAUUUAUGAGGAAUCAAAGAUGAACUUGGAGCAGGAGAGGCCUUUUGUCUGCAGUGCCCCAGGCUGCUCACAGCGUUUUCCAACAGAGGAUCAUCUGAUGAUUCACAGGCACAAACAUGAAAUGACUUUGAAGUUUCCUUCAAUAAAAACAGAUAAUAUGUUAUCAGAUCAGACUCCCACACCAACGCGCUUUCUGAAGAACUGCGAGGAAGUCGGCCUCUUCAACGACAUCGACUGCUCCCUGGAGCACGAGUUCAGGAAGGCACAAGAAGAAGAGAACAACAAAAGGAAUAUCCCCAUGCAUAACACAGUUGGAGGAGCAAUGGCAGGGCCUGGGUCCCACCAGCUGACAAACACAAGGAUGCCAAACCACGACACCAGCGUUGUGAUUCAGCAAGCCAUGCCGUCUCCACAGUCCAGUUCCGUCAUUACGCAAGCGCCUUCCACAAAUCGGCAGAUUGGGCCUGUCCCAGGUUCUCUGUCUUCACUACUGCACCUACACAACCGACAAAGACAGCCCAUGCCUGCCUCUAUGCCUGGCACCCUGCCCAACCCCACCAUGCCAGGAUCUUCUGCUGUACUCAUGCCUAUGGAGCGACAAAUGUCAAUGAACUCCAACAUCAUGGGGAUGCAAGGGCCGAACCUCAAUAAUCCGUGUGCUUCACCUCAAGUUCCCCCAAUGCAUUCAGAAGCCAAAAUGAGAUUGAAGGCAGCACUGACUCAUCAUCCUGCUGCCAUGUCGAACGGGAAUAUGAACACCAUGGGCCACAUGAUGGAAAUGAUGAGCUCGCGACAGGACCAGACACCACACCAUCAUAUGCACUCACAUCCUCAUCAGCACCAGACACUGCCACCUCAUCAUUCAUACCCACAUCAGCACCAGCAUCCGGCACACCAUCCUCAUCCUCAGCCUCAUCACCAGCAGAACCAUCCUCACCACCACUCCCACUCGCACCUUCACGCACACCCGGCACACCACCAGACCUCGCCGCACCCACCGCUGCACUCGGGCGGACAAGCACAGGUUUCUCCGGCGGCGCAGCAGAUGCAGCCCACGCAGACGGUACAGCCACCACAGCCGACUGGAGGUCGCCGGAGGAGGGUGGUGGAUGAAGACCCAGAUGAGAGGAGGCGGAAAUUUCUGGAAAGGAACCGAGCUGCUGCCACGCGCUGCAGACAGAAGAGGAAGGUCUGGGUGAUGUCACUGGAAAAGAAAGCAGAAGAGCUCACCCAGACAAACAUGCAGCUUCAGAAUGAGGUUUCCAUGCUGAAAAAUGAGGUAGCACAGCUGAAACAGUUAUUGUUAACACAUAAAGACUGUCCGAUAACAGCUAUGCAGAAAGAAUCACAAGGAUAUCUAAGUCCCGAGAGCAGUCCUCCUGCAAGCCCGGUCCCAGCUUGCUCCCAGCAGCAAGUCAUCCAGCACAACACCAUAACAACCUCCUCCUCCGUCAGCGACGUCGUGGGAAGCUCCACUCUCACCCAGCUUGCCAGCCACAGAACAGACAUCAACCCCAUCCUUUAAAAUGGUUGAUCAGAAACUGCUGGGGGAGUGUGGUACCGUAUCAAAGCGUCCUCUCUGCUAAGGACAUUUGCAACCGUAACUCAAGCCUGGAA